GCGGCCGGCUCCGCUAUGGCGGUUUAUUUUGCCUCUCGGACUCGGGCUUCCUGACACCGCCGGCGAACGGGAGCUUGCGGGCCGGCGCGGUCGCCAUGUACCCGCCGCCGGCGUCGGCGCCUCACCGGGACUUCAUCUCGGUGACCCUGAGCGUCGGCGAGAGCUACGACAACAGCAAGAGCCGGCGGCGGCGCUCGUGUUGGAGAAAAUGGAAGCAGCUGUCGAGAUUACAGCAGAACAUGAUUAUCUUUCUCUUGGCCUUUCUGAUUCUCUGUGGAUUCCUGUCCUACAUCCAUAUGGCAGACCAGUGGAAAGCUCUGAGUGGCAAGCCCACAGAAGAGCGGAAGAUGAUGCCAGAAGUCCCUGGAUUGAAGCCAGCAAACCCUCCUGUCUUACCAGCACCUCAGAAGGCAGACGCCAGCCCAGCGUUUUCCAAGAUGUUGCCUCAGAGGCCUCGAAAGCAUUUCCGGCGGGGGCCUCCCCACCUGCAGAUCAGAGCCCCCAACACGGACUCCAAGGCUGGGACACAGGGUGACACUAAGGAGCGGGCAGCAGCCCCGGGGGAUGCUCAUCAGAAAGAGAACACACAGCGGACCAUCAUCAGCUGGCGGGGUGCAGUGAUCGAGCCCGAGCAGGGAACUGGACUCCCUUUGAGAAGAGCAGAGGCCCCUGCCAAGCCUUCCCCACUGGUUACCAGGAUACAGAAAGAACCGGCACUCCUAAACGAGCGCCAGGAAGGGGUGAUCGAGGCCUUUCGACAUGCGUGGAAGGGGUACCGCCAGUUUGCUUGGGGCCACGACGAGCUCAGGCCUGUGUCCAGGUCCUUCAGUGAAUGGUUCGGCCUGGGCCUCACUCUGAUCGACGCCCUGGACACCAUGUGGAUUUUGGGUCUGAAGCAAGAAUUUGAAGAAGCCAGAACGUGGGUGUCACAGAAGUUAAACUUUAAGAAAGACGUGGAUGUGAACCUGUUUGAGAGUACCAUCCGCAUCCUGGGCGGACUCCUGAGCACCUACCACCUGUCCGGGGACAGGCUUUUCCUGAGGAAGGCUAAAGAUUUUGGCAAUCGGCUAAUGCCAGCCUUCAUGACGCCCUCCAAGAUUCCAUACUCCGAUGUGAACAUCGGCACUGGAGUUGCCCACCCACCCCAGUGGACCUCAGACAGCACAGUGUCCGAGGUGACGAGCAUUCAGUUGGAGUUCCGCGAGCUCUCUCGUCUCACGGGGGUCAAGAAGUUCCAGGAGGCCGCGGAGGAGGUGACAAGGCACGUUCACCAUCUGUCUGGGAAGAAGGAUGGGCUGGUGCCCAUGUUCAUCAACACGCACAGCGGCUCCUUCACCCACCUGGGUGUGUUCACCUUGGGCGCCAGGGCCGACAGCUACUACGAGUACCUGCUGAAGCAGUGGAUCCAGGGCGGGAAGCAGGAGACACAGUUGCUGGAGGACUACCUUGCAGCCAUUGAGGGGAUAAAAACACACCUGGUGAGGCACUCGGAGCCCAACAAGCUCACCUUCAUAGGGGAGCUCACCCACGACCGCUUCAGUGCCAAGAUGGACCACCUCGUGUGCUUCCUGCCAGGGACGCUGGCUCUGGGCGUCCACCACGGCUUGCCUGCUGACCACAUGGAGCUGGCCCGGGCACUCAUGGAAACCUGUUACCAGAUGAACCGACAAAUGGAGACAGGCCUAAGCCCUGAGAUCGUGCACUUCAACCUUUACCCUCCUACAGACAAUCUGGACGUGAAGGUCAAGCCAGCUGACAGGCACAACCUGCUGCGGCCCGAGACCGUCGAGAGCCUGUUCUACCUGUACCGCACCACAGGAGACCGCAAGUACCAGGACUGGGGCUGGGAGAUCCURCAGAGCUUCAACAAGUAUACACGGGUCCCCUCAGGUGGCUAUACAUCCAUCAACAAUGUCCAGAACCCCCACAAGCCUGAGCCUAGGGACAAGAUGGAGAGCUUUUUCCUGGGGGAGACCCUGAAGUACCUCUAUCUGCUGUUUUCCGACGACCAGAACCUGCUCAGCCUGGACACCUAUGUGUUCAACACAGAAGCCCACCCCUUGCCCAUCUGGGCCCUCUCCUAGGGCGGCUCCGGGCUGGGAUAGCUGAGGGGGUAGUGUGGCCUCGCCGAGCCUGGCAUGUGUCACGGGGCCCUAUGGUACAGGGCGGCUGCCAAGCGCCAAUGCUCCUGCCCCAGCUCUGGGCUCUCCUGGUCUCUUGCUUCUAAUUAGAGUGGUGUGAGGAACAAGAGCCCCAUGUGAGCUGGUGUGGGGUUCAGGGUGACCAGUUCACCAAGCACCUUCAGCCUUCAUCCUCAAGAAAAUCAAAUCACGACUCCUGACUCCUGUCCCUGAUGUCCCAGCAGACUGGCUUUCAGGGAGCUUCCUGAUGGCCCUGGGCCCUCUGGUCACCUUCUGAGGCUGCUGAGUCGUGUUCAGAGAGGAGCUGGAGGAGCCCGCCAGGCAGCUCUGCUCCAGCUGGUGGCCUGGGAUGUGCCCUGGCCCAUGGUCUGGAGGAACCUCUGUGGCCUGGCAGGCCGUGGCUUGGGGCCUCCCCGGGGGCCAGCCUUUCUUGGAGUGGGUGUUUACACAUUGGACUCAGGGAUCCUGUCUGCCUGGAGGGGCUUGCUGCGGCUGGGUGGCGGGUUCUUCCUGCUCCCAGGCCUCUGGAUGGAAAGGGACUUCUCAGUUGAGAUAAAACCCGCUUGCUACCAGUGUGGCAGCUCCUGUGUGUGGAAGGGGGUCUCUGGGCUGGGAAGUCUGGGCCGACCUUUGGGUAGCAGUUCUGGGUCUCCCCUCAGUGUCCAUCCCAAGGUCAGGACUCUUGCUGCCCUCCGGGUGAGAAGGGCCUGCUUGGGGAAGCCCUGCAGUGUGGUGACGUGGGUCAGUGGGGUCACCUUUCUGCCAGCUGGGUCCUGACAGUCUGCAGUGCCCUGAGGCUGCUAGCCAGCAUGUUCUUGGAGUGAGGUCUCUGAGUGGUGCCAAGCCUUGGAUACCAGGACAGUUGUCCUCAUCCUUGCCAUCGGCUGCAGGGUCCUUAUCGUCAGGCACAGGGUCCUUGUCACAGGGCUGGCCCUGGGCCUUGGCUGGGGUCCUCUGUUACAGACCAAGGUGGUCUCUCUGCCUGUCUGUGUUAACAUAAAGAACCCUUUGCUUUUGUCAUUUCUGGAAGUUUUCAACUGAAAAGCUGGAGCCCAGGCAGCACCCCAGGGCCACCUGAUAGGCUGGGACCUUCAAGAUCUUGGCCCCUUAGGCCUGGCAGGAUGUGUUCCCUGCCUGCCUGCAGCUAGGCCAUCCUGUGUCAGCUACCUGUGCUUCCCAGGAUGGCAGGUGCCUUCAGGGCCCUCUUCUGUUUCUUACACCCCAAGCCAACUCUGACCCCAGAAGUGUGUGCGUGGAAGGGCCUGGCUGCAACGUGUUCUUGGACCUCAGCCUUAUGGCUCCUGGAUUCACUGAGGACACCCUAUAACCUCCCCACAUUGAGGGGGUAGCCAUGUUCCCCCACAGCCCUCCUGGGCCAGGAGUUCCAUAUACUGAACAGGCAGGACUGGGCAGCAGUUGCGGCCUGCUGAGGGAUUGGAUGUAAGUGGGUCCUGAGCAGCCAAGUAAA